AAAACUCUAUUGCGUCCCGCUCUCCACAUGGAAACCCCUUCCAAAACCCUAACCCUCUCUCCUCCCCGAUUCCUCCUCUAACCUCCCGCGACACCCCACAAAAUCCACGUCGAGCUCGAUCCCGUGCUCCAAUGGCCGCCCUCAUGCGAGCCUCAAGGGAGGCGAGGUCGAAGCUCCGACCUCUCUCGUCGAUCUCCCGACGAAUCGCGACGUAUCACGAUCCUGAUCCGCUUGCCUCAGGUAAAGAUCGCUCCUUUUGCUCCCAAUCGCGGCAUAAUUGUAGAGAAGGGGUGGUGGAUUUGAGCCAGUAUCCGCCGGAGAGGAUUCGGAACUUUUCCAUCAUCGCUCAUGUCGACCACGGCAAGUCGACGCUCGCCGAUCGGCUUCUGGAGCUCACUGGGACCAUCAAAAGGGGCCAUGGCCAACCCCAGUAUCUAGAUAAGCUACAGGUGGAAAGAGAAAGGGGGAUCACAGUUAAGGCGCAAACAGCAACCAUGUUCCACAGACACACCGUUGGUGGCACUAAUUCUUCUGAUAAACAAGAUUCCCCAAGUUUUCUGCUAAAUCUCAUCGACACUCCGGGUCACGUGGACUUCAGCUACGAGGUCUCAAGAUCUCUUGCGGCUUGCCAGGGUGCUCUUUUAGUAGUUGAUGCUGCCCAAGGAGUCCAAGCACAAACAGUGGCUAAUUUUCAUCUUGCAUUCGAGUCAAACCUAACCAUAAUCCCUGUAAUUAACAAAAUUGAUCAGCCUACUGCUGAUCCCGAACGUGUUAAAUCUCAAUUAAAGUCUCUAUUUGAUCUUGAUCCUGAAGAUGCUCUUCUCACUUCUGCGAAGACUGGUAAAGGCCUCGACCAAGUCCUACCCGCUGUUAUAGAGCGAAUACCUUCUCCAGAUGGAAAGCGUGAUUCACCUUUACGGAUGCUUUUAUUAGAUUCUUACUACGAUGAAUAUAAAGGAGUGAUCUGCCAUGUCGCUGUUGUUGAUGGCGCUCUUCGAAAAGGCGAUAAGAUUGGUUCAGCUGCAACCUCACAGACUUAUGAGGUUCUAGAUGUGGGUAUAAUGCACCCAGAACUUACCUCGACUGGAGUUCUAUUCACUGGACAAGUUGGUUAUGUUGUAAGUGGUAUGCGUUCAACAAAAGAGGCACGUGUUGGCGAUACGCUUUACCAUGCCAAGUUCACAGUAGACCCACUCCCAGGUUUCAAGCCUGCGAAGCAUAUGGUGUUCUCUGGUCUCUAUCCGGCUGAUGGAUCUGAUUUUGAUGCUCUUAACCAUGCAAUAGAGAGACUGACAUGCAAUGAUGCAAGUGUAUCAGUCAUGAAAGAGACUAGUACUGCACUAGGCAUGGGAUUUAGGUGUGGCUUCCUGGGUUUGCUUCACAUGGAUGUCUUUCAUCAACGGCUUGAACAAGAAUAUGGAGCUCGAGUAAUAUCAACAAUACCAACUGUACCGUAUAUUUUUGAGUAUGCAGAUGGAAGUAAAAUACAAGUCCAGAAUCCUGCUGCACUGGCUUCAAAUCCUGGAAAACGUGUAGCUGCUUGUUGGGAGCCGUCUGUUAUUGCGACUAUUAUUAUUCCUAGUGAGUAUGUGGGACCUAUUAUUACACUCUGUUCAGAAAGAAGAGGAGAGCAGCUAGAAUAUUCGUUCAUUGACAGUCAACGUGCUCUUAUGAAAUAUCGGUUGCCACUGAGGGAAAUUAUUGUGGACUUCUACAAUGAAUUGAAAAGUAUAACAUCUGGAUAUGCCACCUUUGAUUACGAAGAUUCUGAGUACCAAAAAUCAGAUCUGGUAAAACUGGACGUCCUCCUCAAUGGCCAACCUGUCGAUGCUAUGGCAACUAUAGUUCAUAGUCUGAAGGCGCAAAGGGUCGGCCGUGAAUUGGUGGAUAAACUUAAGAAGUUGAUAGACAGACAAAUGUUUGACAUAACCAUACAAGCGGCAAUUGGUUCCAAAGUUGUUGCCAGGGAAACCCUCUCAGCGAUGAGAAAGAAUGUUCUAGCAAAAUGCUAUGGUGGUGAUGUCACUCGGAAGAAGAAACUUUUGGAAAAGCAGAAGGAAGGGAAGAAACGCAUGAAGCGCAUUGGCUCUGUCGAUAUACCACAAGAAGCAUUUCAUGAGCUGUUCAAGAUCUCUUGAAUGUAAAGUAGUCAAGAGAAAUUGCAGUGAGAAAAGGCUUCCUCUCAAGAUGCAGCAGAAUAUGUAGCCUAAAUGCUUCAGUUCAUAACAAGUUUAAAGGAAAUGUAAGUACGGCAGGGGGCUGUAUCGAUCUACGACAACAACAACCUGAUGAACCAUGCGGCAUUCACUAGAACACUGUUAUCAUCAUUAUAUUCUUUCAAGGAGUUGGUCAUCAAUAAAUUUGUUUUGCCUAAAUGAAAUGAACAAAAGGAACUUUGAUGUUAGCAGCACAUUGUAACAUGAUCUUAAUUUUACCUGGAGCAUGGAUAAGCAACUACACAUUAGCUGAUAUUUGACUGCUGGUUAUAUAA